GACAGUAAAAGAAACCAUCCGGGUAUCUUUGGGAUACUCAUUUCAACAUACUACGAUUUGGGACGUACUAAUUCUAGUUUCGAAUACUAUUUAGGACGGAUAUUAUGCGAAUUGGGACUCAGCAGCAGUGUCAGCAAUUCAUCCGUCAGAAUCGUCGGCAAUCCUCCUUCUUUUUGAGUCCGACGUGCUAUUUCGGCUGUGGGUCCUGCGUCAUCAACCCGAAACCUAUGCCCAAAACUAAAGUUCGAUUUGUGAACCGGCUCGACCGGUUUCUUUCUGAGAACCGGUUCAAAAGAACGAUUCGUUCAAGAACCUAACAUCACUAUCACAGAGAUGCGGAAGCGGUGGACGGAUUGUAUAGUCGAGUGAGCACAUAUGGACAGAUUGUGUUCUUCAUAAUGGCUCCCUCCUCUUCUUCUUGCCAUCGUUGCAGUCCUUGCUGCCGACUAUGCUCCAGAUCUUCAGUGUACACUUUGGCUUUGGGCCUGGGUUUCAUCACCUUGGGAACUAGUCGCAUCAUAUUACUAAAAUUUUCAACCAAUGAAGAGAACAAAUAUGACUAUCAACCUGUAUCUGUGAAUUUAAUGGCAGAGGCCAUUAAACUAGUAUUUUGUUUAGUAAUGUCAGUACGGGUGGUCAUUCGAGAUGGCCGCUCUUAUAAAGAUUUGGGAUCUUUUCUCAGUUACCUGAAAUGGUCUGUUCCGGCAUUCCUGUACUUCCUUGACAACCUUAUAAUCUUUUAUGUGAUGACCUACUUGCAACCUGCAAUGGCAGUAUUAUUUUCCAAUAUUAUCAUUUUUACUACAGCCAUUCUUUUCAGAGUCGUUUUAAAGAGGCGCCUGUCUUGGGUGCAGUGGGCAUCUUUGGUCAUUCUGUUCCUGUCCAUUGUUUCCUUGACCACUGGCAAUGGUGACCAGAACGCCAUUGCCGUACACGGCAUCCACCCGGACCACAUUUCCAACUCCUCCAACAGUUGCCUGACAUACGUCCACCCUAAACAUCCUAACCAAAAUUCAUCAGUAUGGAUGGAAAGCUUGCCACGUAAGCUAUGGGACAGCCAGCUUAUCCAGAAGCUCAACAGCUUUGGUCUGGGCUAUAUCCUACUGAUGAUGCAGUGCUUCAUCUCUGCACUGGCCAACAUCUACAACGAGAAGAUCCUCAAGGAGGGCGAGCAGCUGAUGGAAAGCAUUUUUAUCCAGAACAGCAAGCUGUAUGUUUUCGGUGUGAUCUUCAACAGCCUCACGCUCAUCCUUCAUUCUGAGUACCGUGACCUAACGGUACACUGCGGCCUCUUCUACGGUCACAACAUCUUUUCCAUCGCGCUGGUCUUCGUAACUGCCGCCCUUGGCUUGUCAGUGGCAUUCAUCCUGAAGUUUCGCGAUAACAUGUUUCACGUGCUGACCGGUCAGAUCACCACAGUGAUCAUCACGGCGCUCUCUCUCUUCCUCUUUGACUUUAAGCCAUCAAUGGAUUUUUUCCUCCAGGCGCCUGUUGUUUUGCUAGCAAUCUUUAUCUAUCACAGCAGCAAAUUGAAGGAUCCAGAGUACAUUUUGCAACAGGAGCGAUUCAGAGUCAUCAAUGGUGAAGUCUUUGAGAGGUCGAGAGGGGAUGGAGAAGAGUUGGAGAGACUAACCAAGGACCACACAGACAGUGAAUCUGAGGAAGAGUCUUUAUAAGUCUGUUAUUAAAGCGUAACUAAACCCCUGGUCAGAGCCUGACUCCACCCACUGGCAAUAUUUGAAAAAUGCAAGCAAAGUGGGCAGACCCCAUCGAAGAUAGAGGGGACGAACUAAGUGUGUGGUGAGAUCGUAACAAGGGCUUGGAGCUUGAACCUGCUUACAUCAUGAGGCAUUUUUUUGACCCAACAUCCAAUAGAAAAAUUCAACUGCAGUAGCCACCGUUCAACCUGAAGAGGGCAGCACGCAGACGUUUUUACACCAUAUAUUGUAGUAUUGAAACACUUUAUAUCCAAAUGUCAAAAAACUUACUAAAAUCAAUGAACAGCACUAAUAAAGCAUCAUUCUUACAGAUCAUUAACUUGAAAAAGUUGGUUUAGGGUUUAGUAACUCUUUAAUUCAUAUCUGUACAUAAUGUAAAUAAUCUGAAAUCAGCCUAUAUAUGUAUAUAUAUGUAUAUAUAUAUAUAUAUGUAUUCGGCUCCAUAAAUUUUUGGGGAACAAAGAUGUGGUAUUGCUUUCACUACAUUAUAUUUGGACUGUGCUGUGUUGCUUUGUUUAAAAAAGGACAUGAAGUGACAAUGUAAGCAGGUAUUAAGGUAACACCUGAUUUUAUUUGUAAUUAUUAAUGUAUUAAAGUAAUAUACUUACAUUUUAAUGUGAGUAUACUUCUCUAAUGGGAAAAUGUGCAAUUGUGUAUGUUGUGCCAUAGUCAGUGUAUAUGUUUUGGUUCUUGACAUAGGACCUUAAAAAUCUGGGUAACACUUUAUUGAAGGGGUGUUCAUAAGACUGACAUGACACCUUCAUAACAUGAAGGAGAUUUUAUGCACAUUUAUGACAACUGUCAUUGAGGGCCCUAUCUUGCACCCAGCGCAAUUGACUUUGUCAGUGACGCAUGUAUCAUUCGUAUUUUGCACUGGCGCACAGCGGGUUUUUCCCUCCACAGACGCACGUCGGCAAACUAGGGAAUGAACUUGCGCUCCCUGGGCGGUUCAGCGCAAAAAAGGAGGCGUGUUGCGGCACAAACCAUCCCUGAUGCUAUUUUGCAGUUUCAAAAAACAAUUGCGCAACUGACAAAAAAAACUAGUCUAAAGUCAGUGGCGUGUUGCGUGUGGUUCAUUAUGCUAUUUUAAGGGCGCGUGCUUGACCAUGUAUAGCGUGCACAACGCGCACACACUUUGCUUAUCUAAUCUACACAGAUGCAACAGUUAUUUUUGCAAAUCAUAAAUUGUUACAAUAAAAAAUAUUAACACAUGAGAUAAGGGGAAUCAUAGUGGUGAGCAUUGUGGUGAUAGUUUUUAAUUAUUGUGUGGCUGCGUUAAAAAAUUCUCAUGCAAAUAACGAUUAAAAUAUUUUCAUAA